AUUUUCGUUACACCAAGUAUUGCCAAAGGUGUCAUUUGAGAUAUUAAGGUACAAUGACUCAUAAACACAACCGGUUUGGAACUCUGGAAGUCUGUUUAGUUUACUGAUGUUUUUGGACGGGAUAUUGGCUAAAUAAAUGCAAAAUUUUGUGGAUUUUAUGGAGAGAAAUCAUUAAUAUCGGCUAUAAUGGCAUUGAAAAACAGAAAGUUAUCAUGACUACUAUCAUAAAAAAUCAAAUUGUCAAAUCGUUAGCGAGGUUCACAAAGAACUUGUCGCCUAGUAAAAUAAACCUGAAAUUCUUCAAAGGCGAAGGAGAAUUGCAAAAUUUAGAAUUAAAUGAAGAUUUUCUCAGCGAUUUGUUGGAGUUGCCACCUUUCAUUCGUCUUACUCGUGCAGUAUGUGACAAAAUUUCUGCAAAGAUUCAUUGGACACGGUUAAAGACUGAUCCAAUAAAAUUGUUCCUAGACUGUGUUGAAGUUGAUAUGGAAAUGAUUGAAAAUGUUUCUGAUGAUAAUGCACGGCAAAAUAGUUCUUUAAAUAAUCUGAUUCCAAGAGAGAAACCUUCACAAUAUGGUUUCACUGAUAAAGUUGUCGAUGGAAUGCACGUGACCAUAAAUUCAGUCGUGGUGGCUUUUAAAACGCCAAUAUUUCGCGCCACGUGCCAAAUGUCUCAUGUUUCAGUUCACAGUACUGAUCCAAACUGGAUGAAAACUAGUCUUAGAAAUACAAGAAUUAAAGACAAGUCGGAAAAGGAAAUAUUGACGUUCAGGCAGAUUACUUUCGGCGCCGUACGGGUUGACGCAGAUGCUUUGUAUAAGAGCGGACGUGAAGAUAGUUCUUCGUCAUCACCAUUACGGUUGAUCACGAGCUCGGCCAAAGUGAACAUUGUCAUAAAGAAAAAGAUUGAAAAUUGUUCCGUUGUUGCUGCAAGACUCCACGCCAUAUUUGAUGAUGUGCUCUGGGUCCUGACGCAUGCGCAGUUACAAGCAGUUGCAGGCUUUGCCAAGUCUGUCGUUCAAGUCGUGGAAAAAUGCAAGAAAAGCGAGCCAGCUCCUAGUGUGUCAUCAGAUGAUUCCUUCUAUUCGCCGUACGCGCCAGCAAACAAGACUGAAGAAUAUGUGUCAGCGGUAGAUGAAACUGAUCAGAUAUCAAUGACGUUAUUUGAGAAAGAAGAUGUCAAAGAAACGUCAUAUCGUGUUACGACAGGAAAAAUUGACAUCCAUUUGUGUGAUGACACACCUAUUGAAAAGUCAGUUCUCGGAGAUGGCGGGCAACUGGGUGGUUCAAUGCAGAUAGUUGUUAAUUGGUUAUCGCUAGAGCACUAUCCAUAUCAUUUGGCGCUUACACCACGUACCCACUGGUCAUCACAUAAUCUUGCAUCUAUUAAGCGGGCCGAAUGGGAAAGCGAACUGAUGAGCUCGUACGACAAAAAUUCGAGAGAAGAGAAGAUAAGAAGGCAGAAAUCACAUGUUAAGAGAUCUCAGAACGGUGAUGUUGGCUUAAAGAAAACUUCCUCAAGUUCUGUUUCAAGCGUGGAUAAUGAUUAUGUCAUUGUUUCAGAUGAUGUUCUUCAGAAACCUGCGCAAUUGUACGAGUGCGUUUUUGUCAUUAGCUGUGAGGAGUUUAUUGUGAUGCCGGUCGUUACGAACAAUAAAUCAACUACAACAAAAACUCCGUUCAUAUGUUCUGACAAUAAAUCGCAACCUUUGCCCAGCGGUUUGCCCUCAUUACAGUUUGAUUACACAUUAUACUUCUACCCUGGUCAAGAGGAUGCGAAAGUUCCGCAGCCGAACCUCUUCUGCCAGCUUAAUCCACUACAUUUGACAAUGGACAACAUUACUUGUAUUUGGUUUCACAGAUUUGUGCAGAGCAUUCGUUCUGGUUUUGUUUGGGCGGAAGAAAGAAUCGCUGCUCAGGAAGCAGAGCCACGCCACAUUGAUGUACGCAUUGAAGGAUACAUGCAAAAGCUUACUUUACCAUGUUCCAGUGAUCCGACGAUAAAAUACCGACAUUAUCGACCAGAAGCAUUGCAGAUCACCAUCUCUUCAUUCUGUGUGACCAACACUCGCAGUGAUAAUGAAUUCACUCAAUCUCGCCUGCUUAAUACACUAGAUGUAUUCAUGAAAAGCCGUCUGCGAUCCGAUGCAGAGAUGUUUCCAAAUCAUAGUAAUGACGUUAGACCUCAACCGUUAAUGUCGUGGCUAAAUGACUUCAGUGUAAGCCCGAGUUUUAAGAAUCGUUACAAUGAUCUUACUCGUUCAGUUGUGUGGAUGAUGAACGUCACACAGUGUUGGUUCGAUUUUCUUGGCAUCAAGAAGGCCGAAGGUCAACCCAGGCCUUUUAUAGAACCGUUUCCUUUUAAGUUAUGUAUGUGUUAUCCAAUCGCAGGUACGCAUUCACCUCCAGAGACUGUGAAGAAAACAGUCUUAUCGCCUUUGCAUAGGUCACCAUCAGACCCUUAUUCUAAACGAAGUAGACCCUAUCGCAAAACAUCGUCAAGCCUGUCCACUCCGUUGUCGUCACCAGGCUUCGCAAAGAUUCAUAAAUCGCGGUCGGCAGCAUCUGUAAAUAUUCCAGUUUUACCUGCAGAUGUUCUUGACAAAACGAUCGAACCCAGUUUCCCCUCGAACUCCAUUGAAAGUGAUUCAGAGAUAUCCUUGCGUAACCUUCGUGAAGAUAUCGUGUCAAUAGACAAUAGUGCUGUGUCGAGUGGCUUGGGGAACAGUGGGACAGACGUUUGUAGCAGUACGUUGUAUUCGUCAGAGCGUUAUAUUAACAGUACUAGUGGUGUAGAGUCGGAUGAAAGUGAAGAAUCGUCGGUGGAUACACCUGGCUUUGAUUACAAGGAAAACGGUCAAAGGAAUACAAAAAAUGCUUUGGAUGUCCUUGUUGAGAUCCCCAGUGUUCUAAAUAUGAAAUUUGAUCAUUAUCAGUAUGUGUUUUUGAUGAGACUUCAACAGAGUUUUGUAGCCUUGCGUGAUGUUCUCUACACUGACUUGGAAAAGUUCGACAAUCAGCGAAAAAUAUCACAGGAAAACGUGGCAGAAGCAACACAAUCGAGCGAUUCGGGAAUUUUCGUCUCCGUGAUCAGUAAGGGAGCUGAGGUUGUGAUGUUUGUUCCUGCCCCUAAUGACGAUCCAUCUCAAAACAACGACGAAAUUUUUAAAUCAAAUCUCUCUCCAAGUAUGAACACAUCAUCCAAACAAUUCAAGGAUGAUUGUGAAACGAGCUUCUCGCCUUCAAAUAACAUUCCACUUGUAGAAAAUCAGAUUAUGUUGAAAGAUAAUGAAUUUAGUACAUUUGACCAUAGCACGGGAUUGGAUGUAAUAAGUAAUGUUGCUGUGUUAAUCGAACAUAAUAAACUUUUCAAUUCUGAAACUGAAAGUGACAACAUUGCUCAUGAUUUGACUUUGUGCAAUGACGAAUCGUUACUAAAUACUGAUCGUAGAUAUCGUGACGCUAAGCGGCGUAUAUCUCAUGUUAUAAUCAAAAUGAAGUCGUUUGAAUGUUCCGUGGCCAUGAAAGAUAAAGACUUAGCAUUUAAGCUUCUUGGGUCAGGUUGCGAUGUAAGUGAUACUUACCACGAGACGUUGAAAGCACGGGCUAAUUCAAAAGUAACGUCUUCAAUAGAUAUGAAAAAUGAAAAUAAAGGCUCGAGAAAUGGACCUGGUGAACUCCGACUACGUUUUGCCAUGGGUGCAACGAUUGACGAGAGCUUGGAAGGUGCUAUUGAGAACGGCGUGGCUACGUUGAUAUUGAAUAAUGUAGAGGUACCUUUACUCAUGAGUAGUGUCGAAGGUCUCUUAGAAUGUAUACAAGAUGAAGUAGAAGUGUCCAAACCCGUUAUGCCGCUGAACGGAAACUUCAAAAAUCUUCAGUUGAAUAUCACUAGUGAUAUUCCACCACGUUUACUAUCUCUGAAACCUUCACUACCCCUAAAUGUUCACAUAGAUCAUAUGUCCGUCAUUAGAAAAGGUGAUGGUAGCAUACAGAUAAAUGCGACUGAGGAUCGUAAACAAAACCUUUAUCGUACUUACGAUGGAUUUCUACUUACGUCUGAUGAAAUGAUCGAGAAACUACGUGGCGAAUGUAAUGAGGCGACGUCAAAGGUUGAGGCAUUGCAAAGACAAAACCUCUCUCUUUUGAGUGAAUUACAAUCAUUCAGAGAAAUUAAGGACAAUGCGGAACACGAAAGGGAUUGUUUGUUAGUUACGGUUGAAAAAUUAACAGAAGAACUUACGAAGUCGAACGAAGAAUAUGAAAAAAUGUCGGCGUCCAUGACUUAUGAUAAAUAGUGGCGAAACUAAUCAAACAGUCAAAGUAAUUUAUAAACUUCGCCCUAUUUGCCAAUUGAAAGGAAAAAUAGUUUAAAUGUCUAAUAUAAGAAAAUGUUUCUUUACUUUAGGCUUAAAAUAUGAAUUUUAAGUAUA